UCAGAUCCGGUUGCGGCCAGUGCAUUUGUGUCGGUUCGAUUCCUAUUUGAUCCUCUCUUUCUUCUCUCAAAUUCUUUCCCUCCUUCUUUCCCUCUGCAUUUUCCUUUCAAUCUUUCGUUUUCCCUCGCUAUUCUGAACCAACCCCUUUUUUUCUCUCUGUUCUCCACGCUCUCUCUCGCUCUAAUCUUAUCUAUUUCUCCCUCUCCCUUAUCCGUUUCCCCCCCUUUUGUUUCCUCCAUUGAUUUCACUUUCUGGGUUUGAUCCGUUCUUCAUUCAUCCCCUCUCUGUUCUUCGAUCUCGCUUCCCCUGUUUUCCCCUGUUCUUGAUCGAGGGGUUUCUUCAGUUACUCACCCAUCAUUUGAUUCUGUGGUUUCUGAUCGUUUCACUCACUACCCACUUCGAGUUUUGGGUUUUUUGAAUCUGGGUUUCUCUUAGAUCUCUCUAAACAGGUGACUAAUGAUGGAUCCGAGUGAUAGAGGAUCGGAAUCGGAGGACAUAUCCGGCAAAAACUCCGGCGGGGUUUCGUCGGAGGAGAGUAUAGUGAACGAGCAGAACAAGAAGACGUGUGCGGACUGUGGCACUUCGAAAACCCCUUUAUGGCGAGGCGGCCCGGCUGGUCCAAAGUCUCUUUGCAAUGCGUGUGGGAUCAGAAGUAGGAAGAAGAGGAGGGCAAUUUUAGGGUUGAAUCGAGGGGUUGUUGAGGAUAAGAAGAGCAAGAAAAGCAGUAGUAAUAACAUUAGCCAUAGUAAGCUAAGAGAUAGCUUGAAACAGAGACUAUUGGCUUUGGGUAGAGAGGUUUUGAUGCAGAGAUCCAGUGUUGAGAGGCAACGUAAGAAGUUAGGUGAAGAAGAACAAGCGGCUGUGCUUUUGAUGGCUCUGUCUUAUGGCUCAGUUUAUGCUUGAACCCGCCGCCAUUGACAGAGCAAUAAGAACACAAACAAAAAAACAGCAAAAUCUGACCCAGAAAGUGUAUCUUCUCCAUCCAUUUUGUUCAAAUCUUUCCCAAAAAUUGAGUGAAAUCCUCUUAGUUCAUUAUUGUUCCUCCUCCUCCUCUUAGAUCUCUUCCUUUUUUGUUGUAUUAACUAACCAUUGCCAUUUUGGAUGUUGGAGAGUAUUGAGUAAUGUAGCUGUGUUGGACGAGCUGGAUAAUGAAUUCUGUUGAACAUUGUCAUUGCAGAUUCUUGUCUCAAAUUUGAAUCAAAUCUUUGUUUGAAACA